CCAAUCUGAAAAAAAGCCUACAAUGUAAAUUUGACAAUCGUGUUUGCAUCUUUGGUUGUCCAUAGAGGGAGUGACAUAAGGGAGUGACCGCGAGAUUGCCGAAAAUCGUCGAGUGAGGCGAAAGAGACACACGGAAAGAGGCGAAGGUUUACUGAAUGUUGCCCCCCCCUCUUCAAUAUGGCUGUCGUAUCUGCUCUCUUCAGUAACGCUCCGAUUGGAGAUUGACUCGACUCUGCAUGACUUGGUGCCUCUGCAUAUUGUUUGUUUCAUCGUGUUUUGUGUUAAUAAGUUGUUGUGCAUCUCCUUUUACAACAACCCUUAUUUCGUUUCUUAACAAGCCCUCAUCAGGCAUUGCGUUGGGCCUUUACCCCUGAACAGCCAGCUGCCAACAGUCCGAAAUAAUCAAGAAUUUCCAAUGGUUUGAUUAACGUUACGCUUUUGCUCUUUCUUCUUAAUGAACAAUGUGUGAAAACUGCGCCGAGCUGGUGGAGGUUCUAAAUGAAAUCUCGGAUGCAGAUAGCACUGACGGCCUACAGCUGAAGAAGGAGCAUGCCUUAAGAGUCUUCAACUACAUAAGCUCAUGGACACAGAGGCAAUGUCUGUGCUGCUUCAAGGAGUACAAACACCUGGAGGUGUUCAAUCAGCUGGUCUACGCACUCAUCAACCUGGUUAUCGCCCAGGUAACCAGCCUGAGGGACCGCCUCUGCAGCGGUGGCCAUGGCGACGGCUUAGCCGGCGGCAGCGGUAACCCCGGUGCAGACGGGGCGGAGUCUGACUGGGGAGGCGGUGCUUGUAACCAACCCCGCUCCCAGGCCUCGCCCACCGAAGACGAGCCGCUGAACGUGGAGAGGGACUCUGCGGAGGAGGACGGGGGAUCGGAACCGCUCGGAAAGAAACAGAACCUGGGCCAGGAGCAGCAGGGGCGGUCGGAGAACCCCAGGCUCAGCGAGGCGUCUGCGGGGUGCAGCGGAGGAGGUGGCGGUGGCGGCGGCGGGGUUCACCAGGACCCCUUUGGAUCCUGGACCACAGAGGACCGGGAGAAGCUGCUGCUGUGUGUCGCAAAGAUAUUCCAGAUUCAGUUCCCCCUCUACACAGCCUACAAACACAACACACACCCCACGGUAGAGGACAUUUCGGCUCAAGAAAGCAAUAUCCUGGGCUCCUUCUGCGACAUGAACGACGUGGAGGUCCCUCUGCACCUGCUGCGCUACGUGUGCCUGUUCUGCGGCAAGCACGGCCUGGCGCUCAUGAAGGACUGCUUCGAGGCGGGCACGCCGGAGACCCUCCCCUUCCCCCUGGCCCACGCCUUCAUCACGAUCGUCUCCAACAUCAGGAUAUGGUUGCACAUUCCCGCUGUCAUGCAGCACAUCAUCCCCUUCCGCACACACGUAAUCAGGUAUCUGUGCCGGCUGUCGGAUCAGGAGCUGCGUCAGAGUGCGGCGCGCAACAUGGCCGACCUGAUGUGGAGCACGGUGAAGGAGCCGCUGGACAGCGCCCUGUGCUUCGACAAGGAGAGCCUGGACCUGGCCUUCAAGUACUUCAUGUCUCCCACGCUCACCAUGAGACUGGCCGGCCUCAGCCAGAUUACGAAUCAGCUUCACGCCUUCAACGACGUCUGCAACAACGAGUCGCUGGUGUCCGACACAGAGACGUCAAUAGCCAAGGAGCUGGCAGACUGGCUCAUAAACAACAAUGUAGUGGAACACAUAUUUGGACCAAAUUUGCACAUUGAGAUCAUCAAGCAGUGCCAAGUGAUCCUGAACUUCCUGGCUGCAGAGGGCCGUCUGAGCACCCAGCAUGUGGACUGCAUAUGGGCCGGCGCUCAGCUGAAACACUGCAGCCGGUACGUCCACGACCUGUUCCCCUCUCUCAUUAAGAAUCUGGAUCCUGUGCCUCUCCGACACGUGCUCAACCUGGUGUCUGGACUGCACCCCAGCGCACACACAGAACAGACUCUGUACCUGGCCUCCAUGCUGAUCAAGGCCCUGUGGAACAACGCCCUGGCGGCCAAGGCUCAGCUCUCCAAGCAGAGCUCCUUCGCCUCGCUGCUCAACACCAACCUCCCUAUGGGCAACAAGAAGGGAUCCCCGGCAGCCAGCCCUGAGAGCAGCGACAACAGCGACACACACCACAGCGGCGGCAGCGACCUGGAGAUGGACGAACAGAUCAUGACCGGCAGCAAGAGGGGCCAGCAGAGACUGUCUGACACGGAGGAGUCUCUGCAGGGCAGCUCCGAUGAGACGGCCAACAGCGGCGAGGAGGGCAGCAGUGGCCCCGACAGCAGCAGCGGGCGCUCCGAGGCCUCCAGCAACGAGGAGGCGGGCUCCAGCCGCGCCAGCCAAUCAGCAGGCAGCCCGGGCUCAGAGAUGCACUCGGAUGACAUGGCCGACAGUGAGGCGCUCAAAGAAGAAGAGGAGGAGGAGGAAGAGGAAGAUGACGAUGAUGACGAAGACGACGAUGAAGAUGAUGAAGAGGACGAUGAGGAAGAGCAGCAGCAGCAGCAGCAGCAGCAGCAGCAGCAGCAGCAGCAGACGAGGCCCAGCGGUAUGGCCGUGUCGGCAGUAUCGUCGGUGGUCGCUGGGACGACUGAGGGAGGGGCGCAGAAGGAGCCGCGAGAGGCCCCAGCAACGGCGGCAGCCGCAUUGUCGUCUUCAUCUGAGCUGAGGAAGAGAAAGGCGGGCGAGCCGCUGGGCGAGAUCCAGCCCCCGCCUGAGCGCCCUGGCAUGGGCGUGGGCAUGGGCGUGACAUCCAACAACAACAACAACAGCAGUGGUGGCCUGGCGUCCAUCUCCAUGCCCUCCACCUCCUCUGCUGUUCUCCCCGGCCCCGCCCCGGCCAAAACCAAACCCCUCCCCUUCACCUCUGACCCCCCCUCCGUCUCCGUCAUGGCUGCUGCCAUCGCGUCCACUUCCUCCUCCUCCGUGGCCUCGUCCUCCAUGAGGAUGCUGGACCCCUGCACCUCCUCCUCGUCCUCCUCGUGCCUGGACCCGGCGGCUGACCGAGGCGAGCAGCAGCAUCCACAGCAGCUGCUCCAACAACAACAACAACAACAACAACAACAACCACAGCAGCCCCAGCCCCAGCCUCAGUCCUCCCAGCAGCAGCAGGGGCCUCUAGGGCCAGAGAUGGGGCCCCUGCACGGCCCCCCGGGCCCCCAGGAGGGAUCCUGCCUGCCCCACCCCAGAGCGGGGGACUUCCUGGGGGAGGCGAUGGGGAACGAGCUGUUCAACUGCAGGCGCUUCAUUAACGCUCAACACCACCACCACCAUCACCACCACCACCACCACCAUCAUGAGGGUCAUGUGAUGGAGGACAUGCUGAGCGCGGACGACGUGAGCUGCAGCAGCUCGCAGGUGAGCGCCAAGUCGGAGAAGAACAUGGCGGACUUUGACGGCGAGGAGUCGGGCUGCGAGGAGGAGCUGGUUCAGAUCAACUCGCACGCUGAGCUCAGCUCACACCUGCAGCAGCACCUGCCCAACCUGGCCUCCAUCUACCAUGAGCACCUGGUGCAAGGCCCAUCUGUGCACAAGCACCAGUACUCCAGCCACGCCGUCACCGACAUCAACCUGGACAACGUGUGCAAGAAGGGCAACACUCUGCUGUGGGACCUGGUGCAGGACGAAGAUGCGAUCCACCUAUCGGAGGGCCUGAUCGGCGAGGCAGAGAAGCUGCUGUGCUCGCUGGUGUGCUGGUUCACCGACCGACAGAUCCGCAUGCGCUUCAUCGAGGGCUGCCUGGAGAACCUCGCCAACCACCGGUCUGUUGUGGUGUCCUUGCGUCUGCUGCCCAAACUGUUUGGGACUUUCCAGCAGUUUGGCUCCAGCUAUGACACCCACUGGAUCACCAUGUGGGCAGAGAAGGAGCUGCACAUGAUGAAGCUGUUCUUUGAGAACCUGCUGCACUACAUCCAGGAAGUGAGGGAAAAGCGCCACAAGUUUGCUCUGUACAGUCACAGUUCCGAGGUGCAGGUCCGUCUGCAGUUCCUCACCUGUGUCUUCUCCACGCUGGGCUCCCCGGACCACUUCAGGCUGAGUCUGGAGCAGGUGGACAUCCUGUGGCACUGUCUCGUGGAGGACUCGGAGUGCUACGACGACGCCCUUCACUGGUUUCUCAACCAGGUGCGCAGCAAAGACCAGCACGCCAUGGGCAUGGAGACCUACAAGCACCUCUUCCUGGAGAAGAUGCCCAAGCUGAAGCCUGAAACCAUCAGUAUGACUGGACUGAACCUGUUCCAGCACCUGUGUAAUCUGGCCCGCCUGGCCACCAGCGCCUACGACAGCGGUCCCAACUGUGAGUUGUGUGGUAUGGACCAGCUGUGGGGCAUCGCUCUCAGAGCCCAGUCUGCAGACAUCAGCCGGGCCGCCAUCCAGUACAUCAACUCCUACUACAUCAACGGUAAGGCAGGGCUGGAGAAGGAGCAGGAGUUCAUCAGUAAGUGUAUGGAGUCUCUCCUCAUGGCCUCGGCCAACCUGGAGAAGGACGCCCUGUCCAGCCUCACCGUCAUCGAGAGGGGUCUGCUCAUGCUCAAGACUCACCUGGAGGCCUUCAGACGCAGGUUUGCGUACCAUCUGAGACAGUGGCAGAUCGAGGGCACGGGCAUCAGCAGCCACCUGAAGGCCCUGAGUGAGAAGCAGUGCCUGCCACUCCGCAUCGUGUGCCAGCCCGCCGGACUACCCGACAAGAUGACCAUUGAGAUGUACCCGAGUGACCAGGUGGCAGACCUGAGGGCGGAGGUGACCCACUGGUACGAGAACCUGCAGAAGGAGCAGCUCAACCAGCAGGCCCAGCUGCAGGAGUUCGGCCAGACCAGCCGCCAGGCAGACUUCCCAGGGGGUCUAAUGGGUCCAGUGAGGAUGAUUUCAUCUGGGCAUGAACUGACCACCGACUACGAUGAGAAGACACUGCACGAGCUUGGCUUCAAGGACAUGCAGAUGGUGUUUGUGUCUCUGGGCGCGCCGCGGCGGGAGCGUAAGGGGGAGGGCGUGCAGCUGCCGGCCUCCUGCCUGCCCCCCCCUCAGAAGGAGCACAUCCCCAUGCUGCUGCUGCUCCAGGAGCCCCACCUCACCACGCUCUUCGACCUGCUGGAGAUGCUCGCCUGCUUCAAGCCGCCCAGCCCCGACCGCGCCCUGGAGAGCGCUGAGAGUGUGCGUUGUGAGGAGCUGCACCUGCACGCUGAGAACCUGUCCCGUCGCGUGUGGGAGCUCCUCAUGCUUCUGCCCACCUGCCCCAACAUGCUGCAGGCCUUCCAGAACAUCUCAGACGACACGGGCUCUGAUGGUCUGUGCUGGAAGGAUCUGCUGAGGAUCAAGAGUCCCCAUAAGCUGCUUUACGCCCUGGAGAUCAUCGAGGCCCUGGGGAAGCCCAACCGCCGCAUCCACAGAGAGUCCACGGGGAGCUACAGUGACCUGUACCCAGACUCCGACGACUCCAGCGAGGACCAGAUUGAAAACAGCAAGAAUACUUGGAGCUGCAAGUUUGUUGCGUCUGGCGGACUGCAGCUGCUGUUGGAGAUUUUCAACUCGGCCAUCUUGGAGCCCAAAGAACAGGAGUCCUGGACUGUGUGGCUGCUGGACUGUCUGGCCUGCCUGCUGAAGCUCAUCUGCCAGUUUGCGGUGGACCCCGCGGACCUGGACCUGGCCUACCACGACGUGUUCGCCUGGGCGGGCCUGAGCGACACGCAGCGCAAGCGCGCCUGGCCCAGCAAAUCCCGCAAGGCUGCCGGAGACCACGUCAAGGGCCUGCACAUCCCACGCCUCACAGAGGUCUUUCUCGGACUUGUCCAGGGUACCAACCUCAUCCAGCGCCUCAUCAAUGUGACGUAUACCUAUGACAACUUGGCUCACAGGGUUCUGAAGGCUCAGUCAGAUCACCGGUCCCGCCAUGAAGUGACCCACUACUCCAUGUGGUUGCUGGUGAGCUGGGCCCACUGCUGCUCCACGGUCAAGUCCAGUCUGGCUGACAGCGACCACCUGCAGGACUGGCUGAAGAAGCUCACACUACUCAUACCCGAGGCUGCAGUGAGGCAUGAGGCGUGUAAUGGUCUAUAUAAGCUCUCUCUCUGUGGGCUGGAGGGGGGCGAAAGCAUCAACAGGUCCUUCCUGCUGCUGGCCGCCUCCACACUGCUCAAGUUCCUGCCCGAUGCUCAGGCCCUCAAGCCACUCAAGGUGGAGGACUAUGAGGAGGAGCCCUUGCUGAGGAUGGGCUGUAAGGAGUACUUCUGGCUGCUGUGCAAACUCAUCGACAACAUCCACGUCAAGGAUGCCAGCCAGACGACUUUGCUUGACCUUGAUGCUCUGGCCAGGCACCUUGCAGACUGCAUUCGCAGUCGUGAGAUCCUGGACCAGCAGGACGGCGCUAUCGAGGACGACGGCCUGACGGGGCUCCUGCGGCUGGCCACCAGCGUGCUCAAGCACAAGCCGCCGUUCAAGUUCUCGCGCGAGGGCCAGGAGUUCCUGCGCGACACGCACGACCUGCUCUUCCUGCUGCCCAGCCUCAAGGACCGCCGGCAGCCCAAGUGCAAGUCUCACGCCGCCCGCGCCGCCGCCUACGACCUGCUGGUGGAGAUGGUCAAGAGCUCGCUGGACAACUACCGGCUGCUGCACAACUGGGUCAUGUCCCAGCACAUGCAGGCCUCUCACGCCCCUUACAAGUGGGACUACUGGCCCCAUGACGACGUGCGGGCGGAGUGCCGUUUCGUGGGCCUCACCAACCUGGGCGCCACCUGCUACCUGGCUUCCACCAUCCAGCAGCUCUACAUGAUCCCCGAGGCCAGGCAGGCAGUCUUCACCGCCAAGUACUCCGAGGAGAUCAAGCACAAGACCACCCUGCUGGAGCUGCAGAAGAUGUUCACCUAUCUCAUGGAGAGUGAGAGGAAGGCGUAUAACCCGCGGCCAUUCUGUAAGACCUACACCAUGGACAAGCAGCCCCUCAACACAGGCGAACAGAAAGACAUGACCGAGUUCUUCACCGACCUCAUCACCAAGAUUGAGGAGAUGUCACAGGACCUGAAAAACACAGUGAAGACCCUUUUUGGCGGGGUCAUCACAAACAAUGUGGUAUCACUGGACUGUGAGCACGUGAGCCAGACGGCUGAGGAGUUCUACACGGUCAGGUGCCAGGUGGCAGACAUGAAGAACAUCUACGAAUCUCUGGAUGAGGUGACCAUCAAGGACACACUGGAGGGGGACAACAUGUACACCUGCUCCCAGUGCGGCAAGAAAGUCAGAGCAGAGAAGAGGGCAUGCUUCAAGAAACUUCCACGCAUCCUGAGCUUCAACACUAUGCGUUACACCUUUAACAUGGUGACCAUGAUGAAGGAGAAGGUCAACACGCACUUCUCCUUCCCCCUGCGCCUGGACAUGACGCCCUACACCGAAGACUUCCUCAUGGCCAAGGGUGACCGGAAGGAAGGUUUCCGUGACGACAGUGAGGCGAAGGCGACGGAGAGCUACGAGUACGACCUGAUUGGCGUGACGGUGCACACGGGGACUGCGGACGGCGGCCAUUACUACAGCUUCAUCAGGGACAUCAUCAACCCCCACGCCUACAAGAACAACAAGUGGUAUCUGUUUAAUGACGCGGAGGUGAAGCCCUUUGACUCGGCCCAGUUGGCGUCUGAGUGUUUUGGCGGCGAGAUGACGACAAAAACGUACGACUCCGUCACUGACAAGUUUAUGGAUUUCUCCUUUGAAAAGACCCAUAGUGCCUAUAUGUUGUUUUAUAAGCGAGUGGAGCCGGAAGAGGAGAAUGGGAAGGACUUUAAUUUUGACGUCUCUCCUGAUCUGCUGGAGUGGAUCUGGCAUGACAACAUGCAGUUUCUCCAGGACAAGAAUAUUUUUGAGCACACUUACUUUGGGUUUAUGUGGCAGCUGUGCAGCAGCAUCCCCAGCACUUUACCGGACCCCAAAGCCAUCUCUCUCAUGACCGCUAAGCUCAGCACAUCGUUUGUGUUGGAGACUUUUAUCCACUCCAAAGAGAAGCCUACUAUGCUGCAGUGGAUUGAGCUUUUGACCAAACAGUUCAACAACAGCCAGGCGGCUUGUGAGUGGUUCCUGGAUCGGAUGGCUGAUGAUAACUGGUGGCCCAUGCAGAUUCUCAUCAAGUGCCCCAAUCAGAUUGUACGGCAGAUGUUCCAGCGGCUUUGUAUCCACGUGAUCCAGAGGCUACGUCCGGUCCACGCUCACCUCUACCUGCAGCCUGGCAUGGAGGACGGUUCGGACGACAUGGACGGGCCAGUGGAGGACAUCGGGAGUCGGUCAUGCGUGACCCGCUUCGUGAAGACGCUGCUGUCCAUCAUGGAGCACGGCGUGAAGCCACACAGCAAGCACCUGACGGAGUACUUCGCCUUCCUCUACGAGUUCGCCAAGAUGGGCGAGGAGGAGAGUCAGUUUCUGCUGUCUCUCCAAGCCAUCUCCAUCAUGGUGCAUUUCUACAUGGGCACCAAGGGCCCUGAGAAUCCUCAGGUGGAGGUGCUGUCGGAGGAGGAAGGAGAGGAGGAGGAUGAGGAAGAGGACAUCUUGUCCCUUGCUGAGGAGAAGUAUCGCCCAGCCGCACUGGAGAAGAUGAUCGCGCUCAUCGCCCUCCUGGUGGAGCAGUCACGCUCUGAGAGGCACCUGACUCUGUCUCAGAGUGACAUGGCUGCUCUGACGGGAGGAAAAGGCUUCCCCUUCCUCUUCCAGCACAUCCGCGACGGCAUCAACAUCCGCCAGACCUGUAACCUCAUCUUCAGCUUGUGCCGCUACAACAACCGCCUCGCUGAACACAUUGUCUCUAUGCUCUUCACAUCCAUCGCCAAGCUCACCCCAGAGGCGGCGAACCCUUUCUUUAAGCUGUUGACGAUGCUGAUGGAGUUUGCUGGAGGUCCCCCUGGCAUGCCAUCCUUCGCCUCCUACAUUUUGCAGAGGAUCUGGGAGGUGAUUGAGUACAACCCCUCUCAGUGUCUGGACUGGCUGGCAGUGCAGACGCCGCGGAACAAGAUGGCCCACAGCUGGGUGCUGCAGAACAUGGAGAACUGGGUGGAACGGUUCCUGCUGGCCCAUAACUACCCACGCGUCCGCACAUCGGCGGCGUACCUGCUGGUCUCGCUCAUCCCCAGCAACUCCUUCCGGCAGAUGUUCCGCACCACGCGCUCGCUGCACAUCCCCACGCGAGACCUGCCGCUCAGCCCCGACACCACGGUGGUGCUGCACCAGGUCUACAACCUGCUGCUGGGCCUGCUGGGCCGGGCCAAGCUGUACGUGGACGUGGCCGUGCACGGAACCACCAAGCUGGUGCAGUACUUCAGCUUCCUCACCUACUGCCUCCUCUCCAAGACCGAGAAGCUCAUGUUCUCCGGCUACUUCAUGGACCUGUGGAACCUCUUCCAGCCCAAACUGUCUGAGCCCGCCAUCGCCACCAACCACAACAAGCAGGCCCUGCUCUCCUUCUGGUACAACGCCUGCGUGGACUGCCCCGAGAACGUGCGCCUGAUCGUGCAGAACCCGGCCGUCACCAAGAACAUCGCCUUCAACUACAUCCUGGCCGACCACGACGACCAGGAGGUGGUGCUGUUCAACCGCGGCAUGCUGCCCGCCUACUACGGCAUCCUGCGCCUGUGCUGCGAGCUCUCCGCCGCCUUCACGCGCCAGCUGGCCUCCCACCAGAACAUCCAGUGGGCCUUCAAGAACCUCACGCCGCACGCCAGCCAGUACCCCGGGGCGGUGGAGGAGUUGUUUAAUCUGAUGCAGCUGUUUGUGGCCCAGCGGCCGGACAUGCGGGAGGAGGAGCUGGAGGACAUCAAGCAGUUCAAGAAGACCACCAUCAGCUGCUACCUGCGCUGCCUGGACGGACGCUCCUGUUGGACUACACUCAUCAGUGCCUUCCGUGUGCUGCUGGAGAACGAUGAGGACCGACUGCUAGUGGUCUUUAACAGAGGACUCAUCCUCAUGACUGAGUCCUUUAACACACUGCACAUGAUGUACCAUGAGGCCACGGCGUGUCACGUGACUGGAGACCUGGUGGAGCUGCUCUCCAUCUUCCUGUCCGUGCUGAAGGCCACCAGGCCUUACCUGCAGCGCAAAGAUGUGAAACAGGCUCUGAUCCAGUGGCAAGAGAGGAUCGAUUUCGCCCACAAGCUCCUGACCCUCCUUAACUCCUACAGCCCCCCUGAGCUCCGCAAUGCCUGCCUGGACGUGCUGAAGGAGCUGGUGCUCCUGAGUCCCCAUGACUUCCUCCACACCCUCGUCCCCUUCCUGCAGCACAACCACUGCACCUAUCACCACAGCAAUAUCCCCAUGUCCUUUGGGCCGUAUCUGCCCUGCAGAGAGAACAUGAAGCUGCUGGGUGGCAAGAACAACAUCAGACCCCCCCGACCCGAGCUCAACAUGUGCCUAUUGCCCUCUAUGGUGGAAACCAGCAAGGGUAAAGAUGAAGUUUACGACCGGAUGCUUUUGGAAUACUUCCUCUCCUAUCAUCAGUUCAUCCACCUGCUCUGCCGCGUGGCCAUCAACUGUGAGAAGUUCACGGAGACGCUGGUCAAACUGAGUGUGCUGAUUGCUUAUGAAGGGUUACCCCUCCAUCUCGCUCUCUUUCCCAAGCUGUGGGCUGAGCUCGCUCAGUCUCAGUCGUCCCUGGCUAAGACCUGUGUGAAGCUGCUCUGUGAGGACCCUGCGUUUGGGGAGUACAUCAAGUGCAUCCUGGUGGACGAGAGGACCUUCCUCAACAACAACAUGGCCUACUCCUUCCUCACCUGCUUCCUGCACAAGGUGCAGUCCCAGGUGCUGUCCGGCCCGAGCUGCUCCAACCUCAUCAACAUCCUGGUCACCAACCUGCUCAACGAGUACCAUAGCCUGCAGCCCGAGCUGGCCAAUCACAGGCCAGAGAUCAGCAAGACCAGUGGCCUGCUCAAUGCUGACCUGCGGGCGCUGGUGCUGAUGCUGUCGGUGCACACCCCUCAGCAGCUGGAGCCGGCGCUGGGCCCCGCCCUGCAGGAGCUGCUGGCCAAGUGCCGCGCCUGUCUGCAGCACCGCACCGCCCUGGAGCUGGAGGCCAAGGAGCGCAAGAGCAAAGGAGUGGAUGAUGAGGGGGCGACCCCAGUGAAGCGGCGGCGUGUGAGCAGCGGAGAUGACCACCCGGGCGAGGGCACCAGCAGCUCCACCAUGCCCUCCGUCGCCGGCCCCUCCACCGCCGGCCCCUCCACCUCCUCAUUGGCCCCCGGGCCCGAGAUGAAGGCGGAGCCCGGCGAGGGCCCGCCCCGAUCGCCCGCCAGCCCCUCGGACACGGAGACCCGCGACUCGUCGCUCAUCGACCCGGGCACGGAGCACGAACCGCCCUCGCCGGACAGCGCCUCCCCCAAGGAGGAGAAGAUGGAGCCUUCGUCGUCCUCUUCCUCGUCGUCCUCGUCUUCGUCGUCGUCCUCUUCCUCCUCGAUGCCCGAGGGCUUCGGGCAGCAGGAGGAGCCCAUGGUGCAGCAGACGGCAGCAACUGGCCCCAGAACAGUGGAGCGAGGAGGAGGAGGGGGGGAGCAAGAUGAAGAAGGAGAGGAUCAGGAGCAGAGGAGGAAGGACGGGGCGAGGGACGAGGGGGCAAAGGAGGAGAGGGAGGACGGCUGUAAGACUCUGGGAGGCGGUGUUGCUGCGACUACGGCAACUGCUGCGGCAGCAUCGUCCUCCUCAUCCUCUUCCUCCUCCCAUGACGACGCAGCGCUGCUGUUGUCGGGGCCGUCGGAGGCGGUGCUGUGGGGCGGGGGGUGCGGGGGCCCGGCUGACGCGCUGGACACGCUGUACAGGACCGUAGAGGCCACCAUCACCGCCGUGGCCAAGGCAACCGCCUCUGCCAAGGGAGCCCCGCCACAACCUUCUCCGUCGUGAUGACACUUCCUCUGUUCCCCCCCCUCCCACUCGCUUUCCCGCCCAAAACAUGCGGAGUGGACUUGGAGUGGGCGGAGUCCAACAAGGAUGCUCUCAUCUGUCUGCGACGCUCUAAUCACAUUUCAGUUCGCUUCAGUUUGCUUGACUGCCCACACCCCCCACCCAGAAAGGCAGUGGUCUUCAACCUUCUAGUCGUCUUCUGUCUUUUCAUUUGUCCCCACUCUCUCUUUUUCACUCUGUGUGAUUUUUUUUUUUCUUUUUCUUUUCUCCCCAUCCUUGUUUUUAUUUCUUCUUUUCUUGACGGUUUCUGUGUCAUGGACUAAGGCCCCCCCCCAUAGGAGUUUUACUGACGGAGCUCCUGUGUGACCUUGGGUCGCUGAACUCAUCUCUUCGCCAGCGGACAAGGAGAUCGCCGCAACCUUGUGCUCCGUGACUUUUUUUUUUUUUUUUUGGUUGUUGGUUUUGUUUUUUAAAAAGGGGUCAGUAGAGUGCAUGCGUACACGAACGCGAGCGCGCGCAUUUCUAGAGAAACCCAAGGAAAAAAAACUUUAAAACAAGCAAAACGGCUAUCGACAGUAAAACAGAGAAAAGGCAGGGAGAAACAAAGCCAGACCCCGCAGCUGGAGAUUACAUUGCAGACGACGACAACAACAACUCACACGUCUCCUGAAGGGCAAAGUGGCUUUCGUUCUCUUUUUCGUUUGUUUGUUUGUGUUUUUUUUUUUUGUUUAUCUCGUUUAUUUCUCUUCUGAAGUGAUUGAAUUGUCUUUGAGGAUGCUGUAACGUCACGGGGAAAGGUUUACAGUUUUAAGUCUCUUCUUCUCUACUUAAUUUAAUUUUAUUGCAUUUUUAAGGUGUAUAAAUAAAAUGUCCUCCGUGCCAGUUUUUUGUACUUUAUGGAAGAGGCAUAUAAAAAAAAAAAGGUUGCCUUGCUUUUUUCUGUGGUUGAUUGCCCAAGGUGUGUUUACUUGUACAUUUAAAAUGAGAGAAAAAGAACCACAAGAAACUUGAUUCUGUAAAGAAUCUGUUCAAGAUGUUGCCUGGAGGUGUAGAAAGCUAAGAAAGUAUAUAUAUAAAUAUAUAUCUAUAAAUGAUAUGAAAUAUUAUAUGAUAUUGUAUCAUAUGAUAUAUCAUGUAAUAUUAUAUGAUAUUACAGUGCUUUAUUGAACCCAAUGGCUGAGAUAAAGCACUCUCUGUGACAGUUGGAGCUAUAUUUUAUUUACUGACGAAAAAGAGACAUUCCAUAAUCUAUCUCAUGUCAUUAUUACAUUUUCUUUGUGUUUUUUUUUUGUUUUUCCUUCUUUUUUUCUCUUUGUUUUUGAUUUAUUUUAAUAUAGGGUAACUUAAUAAAAUUUUAAUAUGAUUUAACUAUGAACCAA